CGGAGCAGACAGGAAGAAGGAACUCCACAGUCAGCGGUCUCACAUGGAGGAGAUUCAGGAGAAUGAAGAAGCCCCUCCCCCAAAGGACCAGUCCCCUCCUCCCUCCUCACCUCUCCCAUCACAGCCCCCACAGAAAGCCACCCCACCCUCUGACAGCAGCAGAGGCCACACCCCUAUUAAAAGGGGUCCCAGUGUGAAGCGGUCUUCAGGCAUCGAGCGGUCUCAGAGCAGCACCUGGGACUCUUCAGAGGACACCAGGAACAAACUGGUGAAAGUUGCUUCUACCUCCAAACUGCUGGGUAAACUGGGGAAGAAUGCUGAAAAGCACAAAGACGCAGGGGUCAGCCAAGCCAAAAUGUCAACCCGAGAGAAAAACAGCCAAGCCGAUGGAAAUUCCAUCAAGAUGUUCAUGCGUGGCCGGCCUAUCACCAUGUUCAUCCCCUCCAAUGUGGAAAACUAUGAUGAUGUUCGGACCGAACUUCCUCCUGAAAGACUUAAGCUGGAAUGGGUGUACGGUUACCGAGGCAGGGACUGCAGAGCCAACGUCUACCUCCUCCCAACCGGAGAGAUCGUUUACUUCAUUGCAUCGGUUGUAGUUCUGUUUAACUACGAGGAACGGACUCAGAGACACUAUUUUGGACACACCGACUGCAUCAAAUGUCUGGCCAUCCAUCCUGAUAAGAUCCGCAUUGCUACAGGUCAGAUAGCAGGAGUGGACAAAGAUGGACGCGCGCUACAGCCUCACGUCCGGGUCUGGGACAGCGUCAGUCUGUCCACUCUGCAGGUCAUCGGUUUGGGAACGUUCGAACGCGGCGUGGGAUCUCUGGCUUUCUCCAAAGCUGACUCGGGCCAGCACCUGAGUGUGAUCGACGACUGCAACGAUCACAUGCUGACCAUCUGGAAUUGGCAGAAGAAGUCAAAGAUUGCUGAAAUCAAGACCACUAACGAGGUGGUCCUGGCUGUGGAGUUCCACCCCACCGACCCGGACAUCAUCAUCACCUGUGGGAAGUCCCACAUAUUCUUCUGGACUUGGAACGGGAACACACUGUGUCGAAAACAGGGAAUCUUUGGGCAGAAAUAUGAGAAGCCCAAGUUUGUCCAGUGUCUGGCCUUCCUGAGUACCGGAGACAUCCUGGCUGGAGAUUCUGCUGGAGACCUGCUGGUCUGGACCAGGAGCUCCUCAGACACCAACUCUGGAAAGGGUCUGAAAGCCUUUCACAUCAGUCGUCAGGUCAGAGGUCAUCAGGGAAGUGUCUUCUGUAUGUGUGAGAUGAGAAGCGGCACUUUGCUGACUGGAGGAGGGAAGGAUAGAAAGAUCAUUCUGUGGGACCAUGAACUGAGAAUGGACCGAGACAUUGAGGUUCCCGGCCAGUACGGGACCAUCAGAGCGCUGUCUGAGGGAAAGGGGGAAGAGUUUCUGGUCGGUACCUCUCGUAAUUUCAUCCUGAGAGGGACGUUCAACGAUGGCUUUAUGAUGGAGGUGCAGGGACACACAGAUGAGCUGUGGGGCUUGGCCACUCAUCCGUCCAAAGAUCUGUUCCUGACAUGUGCUCAGGACCGACUGGUCUACCUGUGGAACUCUGUGGAUCACAGCCUGCUGUGGAGUCGGUCUCUGGAGGAACAUGGGCAUUGUGCAGACUUCCAUCCGAGUGGUGCUGUGGUCGUCAUAGGAACACACUCGGGAAGGUGGUUUGUUCUGGAUGCUGAAACCACAGACCUGGUGGGAAUCCACACCGAUGGAAACGAGCAGCUGUCGGUCAUGCGCUUUUCAGUUGAUGGCAGCAUGCUGGCAGUUGGGUCUCACGAUAACUUCAUUUACCUCUACAACGUCUCCGAGCGAGGACGGAAGUACAGCCGGAGGGGGAAGUGCACGGGUCAUUCUAGCUACAUCACUCACCUGGACUGGUCACCAGACAACCACUACAUCAUGUCCAACUCUGGAGAUUAUGAGAUCCUGUACUGGGACAUCGAAAGUAAUUGUGAUUUGAUCCGAAACCGCUCUGAGUGUAAGGACAUCGACUGGGUGACUUACACCUGCGUCCUGGGAUACCAUGUUUUUGGAGUUUGGCCCGAGGGUUCAGACGGCACCGACAUCAAUGCUCUGGAGAGAUCCCACAACAGGAGGGUGAUUGCGCUGGCAGAUGACUUCUGUAAAGUUCACCUGUUCGCCUACCCCUGCUCCAAACCCAAGGCCCCCAGCCAUAAAUACAGUGCCCACAGCAGUCAUGUGACCAACGUCAGUUUCCUGUACAACGACAGCCACCUGAUCUCCACGGGGGGGAAAGACACCAGCAUCAUGCAGUGGCGCUUGAUAGGAAAAUCUUCUCCGUCCCUCGCUGAUGGCAUCAUCUCUAAUCCUGCUCCUCGCAGGGCCGAUCACAGCAUCACCCCUCCCGCAACAGCUACACCUUUACAGGAACCAAGCCCCCCCCUGACUGCCAAUGGGACCCAAGAACCAUUCACUGAAACUUCACCCCCCACACAGUUAGUCACGCCCACCACUGAGCUGACCCCGCCCUGCUCUGAGUCAACUCCGCCCCCCUCAGACAGCACAGUGAGUCUGAAGGACAGCCUAGAACCAAGUGACGACACAGCCACACCCAGUGAUGAGGGAUUGCCCCCCCUGACCCCACCCUCCUAGAACAUGUCUGUGUGUGUGUGUAUUCUUGGCCAGCUGUCUUUGUGGGGACCUAGUUCUGUUUUCAUCAGUAAUGGGACAGUAGACAAAGUGAGGACAGCAGUUGGGUCCUGCUUUGUGUUGGACACAAAAACACCUGAUCACAGCGUCAGACUUGGUUUUAGAUUGAAUCAGUUCAGAAAUGUGAUGAAGUGAUGACUAUACAACAGAAACAAAUGUUUCUAUCAGAUGUCCAGCUUUUAUUCAGUUGACUCUGAAACCAGAAAAUUACUCUCCGGAUCCUCCUGCUUAGUUUUUUCAGUGGAGCAGAAAUGUUACUGGUUGUCUGUACACCACUGGACCCCUGUGAACGUGAGCUCUCCUCAAAUGGCUUCAUGUAAAGAGAAAGUUUGACUAAAAAUAUUGUAAUCAGCUCAAGAUAACGACCAAUAUCUCUUCAAGCUAAUCAGAUUUGAAGGGUAAAAUUGUGCCUGAGUUUGAAAGAUCUGAAGCCAACUUGAUUUGCAGUAACUUUAGGAGAGGCGAGUACCUCUCUCACCCUCAGCAUAUCUCCCACUUUGUUCCUGCCAGGAGAGAACCAGACACGCCCCAAGCAGGAAAUGGUUUUCUUUACCGAAAUAAGGGAUGACGGGUGAGGCAGGGCUUCUCCACCAAUUAGAGAAGAGUUCAACAGGAAGUGCCUGGAUCAGAGGAAACUCCCAAGACUUUUUCAUCUAAAAUCACAAAUCCUUAAAAAAUAAUUAUUUACCUUUAAAAUUUAUUUUUGGGGUAAAAGAAAAAUAGUCAACUAAAACUUUUUUUAAUUCACACUUUUCCACUCUUUUUGCCCUUGUGUGAAGGAAGUCAAUUACUGGUGCUUUUAUUUUGAAGUGAUAAACUAAUCAACUUUAUGGCCGGAGGAGGAAGUGGCCAUGUUUCAGUUAAACAAUAUUGUAAAUAGAAACUAAUAAAAAUCAGAACUAAAUAAAGCAUGGUAAUUGUUCUAAUCUUUGAUCAGAACAAAUCUGACUUCCAUGAAUUUGCUUAAUUCAGUCAGAGGUCUGGUCGUUCAGUUUGGUUUGUUUCUGGGGAAGCUCUCAACUGAAGCAGGUGAGUUUCUCUCUGAAGCCAGUCAGAUUAAAGCAUCAAACAUUUGUGAAGUAAAAAGCAUAUGAGCUGCAGGUUGACCUCCAGAAUAAAAGCUGUGACUGACCUUAUUGAUACUGCGGAGGCGUCUGACUGAGGAUCUGUGCUGCAGUUGUAUGUAUAUUCUGCAGAUUGAUUCUGUCUGUAUAUUUCUGUUCAACAUUAUUGAGCAGCAGCUCAAAAAGACUGUUACCGUCGCAUUACAUCUCUUGCCCAAUCGGAUGUCAGGAAACGUCAGGUCUCCUGCUCUGAUUGGCUGCUCUCAGUGAAUGAAUGAAUGACUUGUCGAUGUAUUUGUCUCUUCUGGACCAUUUCAAUUCAGAAGCUUUUUGAAUGUCUUGAUUAUGAUAAUGUCACUCCAGGUGUGGGGUUUGUGUGUGGGUGGGGCUUUCAGGUUGCCUUUUUAAUACUUAAUCUUCCUUAAUCUUUUCUACGCUUGUUUCUCCAAAGGGCUUGUGCAGAGUUCAGGGACUCGUCCGGCCCUUCGUCCGGUCUGGGUGGCGCUACAGGAGUAGUGGGCGGGGUUAGGGCUGGACGUGGAGCUUUGGAGUUUCUGAACUAAUGUGUUUAUCGGUGUUAAUGACACUGGUACUCAUGAUGAUUUUUAUGUGACUGUUUUGAGCCAAUCCUGUUUUCAUUCAUGCAUUCCUGUCCCAACGACAGACUGUACUGAAAACUGAAACAAAGAAUGCAAAUAAAUGUAAUAACUUGAAAA